AUGCCUGUCCAGCACCAACAACCCUGCCGCGCCUGCCACCUGGGCAGCCGGCAGUGCCACGCCAGUACUCGUCCGGGCGGCGGUCCCUGCGGCGAGUGCGCCCGCGAGGGCACACUCUGCUCGCUGCCGUCGGCCUUUGCCCUGACCGACGGGCCCGUGGUGUGCAUCGCGCGGGACGAGCUCAACAGCGCGCCCCUCGACCGGGAGGCGCAGCGGCGCUGGGACUUCCUGGCGACGCUGGCGGCCCUGCUCCGGGACGGGGGCUACGUCGUCCCGUCGGCGGCCGCGAGGCUGUUUGACGGGUUCGAUGUGGUGGGCUGGGCCGUGCCUGGGGAGGCCGUGCUGCGCGCUGCGGCGUGGGCGGUCGGUCUCGUUGGGUUGGAGGGUGAGUGGGAGAGGGUUGGGGAGGAGGAGGUGGGCCAGGUGGGCCGAGAAGUCGAGGAGGAGGAGGAGAGGGAGGAGGAAGAAGAGGAAGAGGACGAUGAGGAUGGUGGGCUUUCUGACGUCGUCGUCGACUGGAUCAUGCACGGACAAUGGGAUUAG